GGCCGCUUUCAAAAUGGUUCCGUAUUUACACUUUUGAUCCUGCUUCAAAGAAGUGGCCAGGCCGCCAGGAAGUUUGUGGAGUUCUCCAGUAUAAAACUAAAUUACAAAUUCCUUUAUUUUGUCGUUCUCUAAUCCUGUCUUGAAUCCUCGUUUUGUUUUUGCUUGCUCAAACAAUUAGUUUCAGUCCAAAUCUUUCUUUCGGUAAAAUUCGCUGUUUCUAACUCACGAUCGGUUCUAACGAAACAAAGUGCUAAUGCUCUUUUAGGUCCUUUUCCUUUCUUUUUUGAGCAUUUCUCAUCUGGUUGUAGGAACGUCUUGUCAUCUCAUGAGUUUUGGCAGUUUUUGUUCCUUUCGUUAUCCGUUUCUGUCUGAAGCCUCUUCCUGAUGGUUCCUCUUGGUCCAGCAGCACCUGGUGCUGUGAACAAUUCCUUGGGCUCCACAGCGCCUUCAAAUACAAAAGCAUCAACAGCCUCUGUUAAACCUAAUUAUGUGCUGACUUUCACUUUAGCUGGUCAUACAAAAGCAGUUUCAUCAGUAAAAUUUAGUCCAAACGGAGAAUGGCUGGCCAGCUCUUCUGCUGAUAAAUUAAUAAAAAUUUGGAGUGCAUAUGAUGGUAAAUAUGAAAAGACAAUAUCAGGGCACAAAUUAGGAAUCAGUGAUGUUGCCUGGAGUAGUGAUAGUAGAUUACUUGUCAGUGCAUCUGAUGAUAAAACGCUGAAAAUUUGGGAACUAAGCUCUGGUAAGUGUCUCAAAACACUAAAAGGACAUAGCAAUUAUGUUUUUUGCUGUAAUUUCAAUCCUCAAUCAAAUCUCAUAGUCUCUGGGUCAUUCGAUGAAAGUGUAAGGACUUGGGAUGUCCGCACAGGGAAAUGCCUCAAAACAUUACCCGCUCAUUCGGAUCCAGUUAGUGCUGUGCACUUUAACCGAGAUGGAGCAUUGAUUGUUUCCAGCAGUUACGAUGGUCUUUGUCGAAUUUGGGAUUCAGCCAGUGGUCAGUGUCUGAAAACUUUAAUUGAUGAUGAUAAUCCUCCUGUUUCUUUUGUGAAGUUCUCACCCAACGGUAAAUACAUCCUAGCAGCCACUUUGGAUAACACUCUCAAGUUAUGGGACUAUAGCAAAGGAAAGUGCUUAAAAACUUAUACUGGCCAUAAAAAUGAAAAGUACUGCAUUUUUGCAAACUUCUCUGUCACCGGUGGGAAGUGGAUUGUGUCGGGGUCCGAAGAUAAUAUGGUGUACAUUUGGAACUUACAAACGAAAGAAAUAGUUCAAAAACUCAGUGGUCAUACAGAUGUUGUGUUGUGCACGUCCUGUCAUCCAUCCGAAAAUAUAAUUGCUUCUGCAGCAUUGGAAAAUGACAAAACUAUCAAACUCUGGAAGAGUGACACUUGAUCAAUCAUGUCUCGACUCGGCAAAAUUUUUACAUGCUAUGGCACAAAUAUUUUCUCUCGCAGAAACUCAGGAUCCUCAUGUUUCAAAGCAUCUCUCAUUUUCACCCUUGACUCUCUUUUAUUAAAAUUUUUCAUUUGAUGUAUUGUGCAUCCUUUUAAUUUGAUUAAUUAAAACAGGAUUUCAAGUUUUUUA